GUUUCAAACAAUGAGAGAUCAAUGGUGAAAAUAAAAUUCAUAAAAUAGAUAUUAAUCACGUUUACACUAUUACUUUCAGUUUACUUUUCUAAUAGUAAACACUUAUAAAUGUGGAAUAUAGACUUCGCCAAUAAAUUUUCCAUUAAAUAUAUAGUUGAAUAGGGUACAAAUGAUCUUUUAUGUCGUAUGAUGAAUGGUAAAUUGAUGUUUGACAGUGAAUCAGCCCCAGGUGGACCAUCUGGAAGACAAGUAUCACAAUCAUCACAAUACAUAUCUAAAUUAACUGGUCACAAUUUCGAUAUAGAAUUUGCACAAAAAUUAAGGAUGCAAAAACAUAACAAUCAAUUGGCUUCGUUACAAAAAAUAAAUUAUCCUCAACAACAGCAUUCAUUCGAUUCACAUCAGUACGACAAACGUUAUCCUUUACAAUUUAUCCCUGGACAGUUAGAAUUAAAACAUAAUUAUUCAGAUUCUGAUGAACCGUCUAGUUUUUAUCAACCAAUACCAUCAAAACAACAUUAUUAUUCAUCAUAUCGUCGAUUUAAAACAUGUGAUCGGUUGCCAAAACAUAAACACUUUGAAAAUUCAUUUCAUCCAAAGCCGUUGGAUUCUAAUAUAUCCAUGUCACAUACUGAUCAUCACCUAUCUAGUACGCCAACAGUAGCUGGACUUAGUGAAUUACAAACAGACAAUAAAACAAUGUCUUUAACAACACCAUCGGCACAAAUGCCUACUACUUUGUCUCUCCCACUUCGAAUUUCGCGUGAAACAGCAUUUAAGCCGAUAAAUCAUAAAACUUUUGAUAGAAAUGCAUCCUCCUCCUCUUCUCAGUCUAUUCAUGAAUGUAACAGUGAAAGUUACGUCAUCGCUAAUGUCAACAAUGAAGUAGGUCAUAGUAGUAAUAACGUAAAAAUAAAUUCCACACCGAAUUUAUUAGAUUAUAUCAACACAAUUAAUUCUUCUGUUAGCAGUUACAAGUAUAAUAAUCCAUUGAUCUAUGCACAACAACAGUUCCACUUACAACAACUUAAACAGUUUCAACAACGUGACAUACCAAAUCAUGGUGAUAAUAGAUUACCGACAACUGGAAAAGACUGUACUACAAGAAGUAUGGAAGAACUUUUGAAGCGACAAAAAAAGCUAGAUCAUCUUCAAUAUUGUCUUCAAAGAUAUGAAAUAGAACGUGAAGAAGCUGGACAAGCAAUACGUAGAAUAGAAGAACGUAUGCAAGAAUUAGAAGCUAGAGCAUCGGAUCUAUUAGAAUAUGAUAUUUCUAAAAACUUAACUAAUAAUACACUAAAUCCUUUACAACAACAAUGGGGAAAUCUUACAACUAAUAUUAAUAAAGCUUGUAAUCAAAGAGAACAAUUUACAACGGAUGAUCUUGAAUAUCAAUACAUACGUUGGUUAAAAAGUAUUGAAGAUUCAGCAAACACUUUAAAGCCUACUGAAUUAGAUGAAAAUCCUGCUAAUAUAUUUACUCAAAAUAAUUACAUGUACAUAGAAUCAUCAGCAAAUGAUGAAAAUGACAUUUCUAAACAUCAGACCAAAUCACAAUGUUCAACAGAACACAGUUUUAAUCCUGUCUCCUUACCUAAUGUAAACAAUACAUCAUCAUUAAAAACAUCUACACAAGUAGAUAAUAAUAAUAACAGUUCAUCGGAGACUAAACGAAACUUAUUAUUGGAACAUUUAAUGAUUCAGAGACAGAGACUGGCUACCGCGGACGCUUCAGUUGCAUUGCUUGCGAAGAGAUUAAUGCUGCUCAACACAAGUCCUAAAGUUCAACAGAACAACACAGAAGAGAAAGCAAUAUAUAAGCGAAAAGUUUCCUACCCUGGUAAUUCUUUAGAGCAGAAUAUAUCAACAUUUGACCAACUGAUAGACAAUCAACAAGCCCUAACGUACUCAAUGACUCCAAAUGUUCUUCGGAACUCUAAAAUGAUCGGUGGCACUGUCAAUUCAACAAUUCAUAGUGAAUAUUCCACUGAUAGUAUAUUUCAGUCUCAAUUACCCAAUAGUUCAGUAGAUGAUAUCCUAACCCAUGGACAUUCACCAAAACCCAAAUUUACAGGUUGGCAAAAAUCUAGUACAAUCGAACGAAUAAAUAGUUCAAGUGCUCAAUAUCUUUUAGAUUCUCCACGACUUAACAAUAGCAAUAAUACUACUACUACCAAAUCAACUAAUAUUACACAAAAAUCUAAGGAAAUGCCAACGAAUAAUAUGAAUAAUAAUAUUAGCAAAAAUGAAUUGAAUAAUUUACAUCAAGAUGGUGAUUUAUCAGUUCCUAAUGUUGAACGAAGGAGAUUGCCAACACCUAUUCGCGGCGAUUUAUCGGUAUGGAAUGUGAAAAAUUAUUUACAUAAAAAUCCUCAGUUUACAAAACUUGCUUCAGAAAAUGGUUAUAUCGAAUUAGCUAACGCCAGUUCUUCUCCAACCAAUGAUGAAGAUUAUACAAAUCGAUUGUUGUAUGGAAUAUCAAAAACUCAGCUACCUAGCCGACGAUAUUUUAAUACUAAUUCAUCGAAUAAUUCUAUGACAGGAUUUUUAACUCCUAUUAACUGUUCAUUUUUAUCGACAACAACACAACAAUCAUCACCCACGACAAUAACAACACAACCAUUAUUAUAUAAUGAGAAACAUUUGACCGGAAAGCCACUAUUGAAUCACAGACCAGCACCACCAACACAACAAAGCCAACUAAAACCAGUACCUCCUCUUCCACCAAAACCAAAUCAAAUCAAUAUGCAAACAUCUAUUGAAGCAACACAAGAACAUCUCAGCGCUGAAGAUGAAGAAGUCUACAAAUUUAUGUCACGUUCGCUUGAUGCUAAUGAAGAAACGAAUUUAGAUUUUCAACCUUUAAAUCGAAAUCUGACCGAUUCCAAACAAAGACCUUUACCACCGCCAUAUUAUGUGAAUAUAAAUGACACAAAUAAUGAAAAAUUAUUAAAUCAAAGAAAAUUAUUUCCACAUAAAAUAUCAAGAACAAUGAAUAAUAAAACUAGUCAAUUAUUAAAACAAACUAUAACAUUGAAUCAUGAAUCGCAUAUACUCACUGGAUCAUUAACAUCUUUAAAUGAUACAACUAAAGAAGUGGAAGAAGAAAGAGAAGAGGAAAGUAACAAUCGAUUAUUGAAUCCAUCAACAAAAAGUAGAAAAUCAUUAAAUUCAAUUGAGAAAAUGAAAAAUCAACUAGAAGUAAAUCAAGCGCACAAAAUUAAACGAUAUAUCAAACAAAAGUCAGACUACUCAUUUAAUUUAAGAGAGUACUUACAAAAUCUUCAUCAUCCAAUUAAUGAGUUAGCCAUAGAAACAUCUGAUGCAACUGUAUUGCCUGAACAACACGGAGGAAUAUGCCUUACAAGUUUACUUGGUAAUUGGCUUACAUCAAGAACUACUCGAGCACAAAAAACACCAACAGUUGAUGAAUCAUUGGAUUAUUUCCAGUGUAAGAUUAUUUUAACCAGUAGAAUAUGUGGUGGUUAUCUAUGGAUUAUGAAAAAGCCGAAUCGUCAACGAAAUAAUAACAAUAAUAAUAUAUGGGAUUCAAUAAUGCGUCGAGUACAUGAUACAUCAUCUAAUCAACUAACUAAUACAGAUAAUGAAAAGCAUAAUAAACGAAUCAUAAUACGUAGUUCAAACAAUGCAAGAUGGUGUCGUAAAUGGUUGUCAUGUGAUAUGUUAGAACAAAAGAUAUUCAUAUGUGAAAGAAAAGGAUGUGGACGAAUUGAAUGUACAAUAAACUUUACAACAAUUAAAGAUAUACAUCAAAGUAGUACAGAUCAAUUAUUAGAUUGUCAAAAGUCUUGUUCCUUAUCGCCUAGAAUAUCUCAGAAAACUUCUUCAACAUUAGUAAACACAAAUACUAGUAAUAUUAAUACUACUGCCAAUAAUAAUAAUCGUCAGGUUAAAAGUUCUACUCAACAAGAUAAACAUACUACUAUUUUGGAUACUGAUGAAGAACAAAAACAAAAUUCAUUGAUAAUAAAAAAAUCAAUUACAAACAAUACUAUGACAACAACAAAAAACUGUACAGAGAAAACAGAAACAUUAUUUUGUUUAGAGACAACACUACAUACAUAUUUUUUAAUGGCUCCAUCCUCUGAAUUGACCAGAUUAUGGAUUGAUGUUUUAAAACAAGCAAUGAGAAUGGUUUCCAAUUCUACUUUCAUAAAUAAUGGUUAACAUUAUCAUCAUCCCCACCAUCAUUAUAAUUAGUUCAGAAGAGGAGUGAGAAGUAGGAUAAUCGUCGAAUAAGAAAAAGUUGAACUCAAUCUCAAAGGAUACUCAAACAAUACUGUAUAAACUUACGAUAUAUUUUAUAACUUUAUCAUUACUAAACUAGACAAAACUACCUUCACACUACAAUGAAUUACUUAUAUUUAUUUGUAAAAAGUAAAACAUUAUUCGUAUACUCCAUAAUAUUGUUAUUAGUUUAUAUUAAGUUUAUUUUAUAAAUUACUUUUAUGAUAGAAAGUCUUUUCUUCGCAUACAAUACCAAAUUGAUUCUUCCGUUGUUGUUCCGUACGACAAGUGAUUGUGUGUAAAAUACAUUUUUUUCAUG